AUGGAUUCUGACGAGGAAUACGUGGCGGCCGUAGACCGCGACUCGUCCCCAGAGGUGUUUACUGACGACGAGGAUUUGGGAGGUCGUCGUUCCCGUGGAAAAAAAUCGGGAAGUAGUGGGCCAGCGGCAGCAGAUGGCGGGUAUUCGUGGGAAGAUCGGUACAAAAGACCUUGGGAUAUCGUCAAGGAUGAAGACGAGGCAGGCCAGUCGUUGGAGAAUGUCAUCCAGACGAUGAUAGAGAACAGAAAAAAGAAAAUCAUGAAGAAUCCCACCACUCCAUUUCAGAGAGGAAUCAUUCGAACCUUGAUUGUAAUUAUAGAUGGGUCGCUGACGAUGCUGGAAAAGGAUUUAAGACCCAACAGGUUUGCCAUGACUUUACAGCUCCUACAGGAGUUCAUAGUGGAGUUUUUCGACCAGAAUCCCAUCUCUCAAUUGGGUAUCGUGAUGAUGCGAAACGGUGUUUCGAAUCUCGUUUCUGAGGUCAAUGGCCUGCCCCAGUACCAUAUAGACAAAUUGCGGCUGCUUCGGUCGCGACAGCAUAAUCGUUUCGAGCCUAAAGGAGACCCGCUGCUUCAAAACUCGUUGGAAAUGGCAAGAGCAAUGCUCAAAUACAACUUUGGUACCAAUAUGGACGACAACAAAAACUCGAAAGAAGUGCUCAUUUUGUUCGGGGCGCUCUUUACAAGCGACCCUGGGGAUAUUCACAAAACUAUAGACAACCUCAUAAAGGACGAAAUCAAGGUUAAGAUUAUCGGACUUUCCGCCCAGGUGUCAAUCUGCCAACAGAUCGCCAACAAAACGAAUAACCUAGGCUCGCGAACAACUGGUGCCAAUUCUUCUUCCGGCUCCAAUUACUCUGUCAUCAUGAACGAAACUCAUUAUCGUGAACUCCUCAUGGAUUGUGUGGUUCCCUUACCGGUCGCUGCCACAGAAAAAAGGUCCACUGUUGGAGUCCCACUCAUCAAAAUGGGAUUUCCCCUGAAAGUUCUGCCUCCCAUUUCCGCCUCCAACAAUACAGUCAAUCUUGACCUUCCCGUUCUUUGUGCGUGUCACCCGACCAAUGGAUCUCUCGAAUCGAAAGAUGCUGUAACAAUUGGCGCAGAGUCUUCUACCAGCAUCAUAGGAUACCAGUGUCCUCAGUGUCGCAGUAGGGUGUGCCAUCUUCCAACCAUCUGCCCAACAUGUGGAUUGAUGCUAAUUUUGUCCACUCAUUUGGCGAGAUCUUACCAUCAUCUAGUACCGCUUCGAGAGUAUAAAGAGGUUCCAGCAGCAGACCAUUACGAAGGUACUCACUGUUAUGGCUGCUUGCUCAAGUUUCCUGAAGCAGGCGGGCCAGAUGGACCACUUCGAGCAAGUUCAAGAUACAGAUGUCCCACAUGUGCUCGUGAUUUUUGCAUUGAUUGCGAUGUGUUUGUUCACGAAACCCUCCACAAUUGUCCAGGGUGUGAAAGCAGAUCAGGAAAAUAA